AUGGACGCUGUCCAACCAGCCUCCAAUGCAGUUCGAGACGAUCAGGGAGACAGGGGCGAGGAUUCCUCGCACAGGAAACUAGGCAGGGAGAAUGUGUAUAGAGCCAGCAGAGAUGUUUUUCCGGCUGAGCUCCUCCGAAAAUGCCGAGAUCCCGUCCAAGCCCAGGCUCUCCACGCCCAGAUCGCCAGCUCCAGCCAUGGAGCCGAGGCGUUCUUCAACAAUCUUGUCAUUCACAUGUAUGCCCGGUGUGGCAAACUCGGCGAGGCUCGCUGUGUCUUCGACUCGAUGGUCAAGAGAAACAUCUUCUCCUGGAACAUCAUCGUCUCAGCGCACACGCAGACAACUGGGUUUCUCUCCACAGCUGCAAUCUUUUACGAUCGGAUGCCUCGUUGGGAUCCGGUGGCCGCGACCGCGAUGAUCGCCGCAUUUGCCAGUGCAGGGCAAUUGCGUUCUGCAAGAGAGAUCUUCGACUGGCUGCCCAGUCGAAGCACUAUAUCCGAGACUGCGAUCAUGGGCGCAUACGCUAAAGCCGGUUUCGUUCAGGAGGCGAAGAAAGUAUUCGACACCAUCUCUCGCAAAGACGAAGUCUGCUGGAACGCCAUUGCAACAGCAUAUGCCUCAAACCGGCAUUUACACAGAGCUCGUGGUAUCUUCGAAAAGAUUCCCCAAAGAAGCAGCGUUUGCUGGAACGCGCUCUUCUCAGCGCUGGCGCAAAACGGGCAUCUUGCGGAAUCAAGACAAGUUUUUGAUGAGAUGCCCGAGCACGACGAAUAUUCGUGGACCGGCCUCGUCACAGCAUAUGCCCGUAACGGGCAUCUCGGAGAUGCGCAGAGAAUCUUCCGCGGCAUGCCGCGGUGGUGCCCGGUUACGUGGAACGCGAUGAUGUCCGCGUGUGCCCGGAAUGGGAAUCUCCACGAGGCCGUCCGGAUGUUCGCGCGACUCGAACACCCGACCCCCGAGGCCUGGGGAACGCUCAUCGCGGGCUACACGUCCAACGGGCGCCUCGCCGAGGCCCGGGAGCUCUUCGAUCGCAGCCCUAAUCCGGGGAUCACAGGCGGAGCGGCUGUUCGAUCGAAUGCCCAACCGCGCGUCCGCGUCUUGGAACACGCUCAUCAAUGGGUUCCUCCAAUUGGGCGAGAUUUCCCGCGCUAG